AGAGCAUAUGAUAUCGAUAGUAGUGGAAUAGGGCAAACCCUAAUGAAGCCUGUUAUAUUUUAGCUUGAAGUAAAAGUCUAAGCCUGUAACUCGAUCCGUCAGUGUGAUGAAUUGCAUCUUUUCCAUUGGUCGCUAGUCUGAAACGUGACAUUAUAAGUCGGAUAAAAACGUAUGAUUGCACCAAAAAAUUCUAAUGUGUUGUCAGACGUUCUUCUCUCUCCUACUCCAGCUUUCCUGGGAGUUGGAACACUUGGCUAUGCGUGAGAACGAGUUUAAAGAAAUUUACCUGGAGCUGAGUAAUCAAUGUAAGUGCUACUCCUGCGAUCUCCUAGACCUCUGUAGGAGCACGGAGGAAGUUAUCGCCGUUUUGAAUAAGCAGUCUGACUCGGACUCCGAAGACGACGAGGACGAAGAAAACUCAGACAAACUUACCUUAGCUCGUCUAAAGUUAGCACUAAAAUAUGAACAAAAGCAGUUUAUAGCGCACCCUAACUGUCAACAACUGCUAACAUCCAUCUGGUACGAGGGUUUACCUGUUUGGCGACGGUGGAAUGGUGUGAUGAAGAUUUUUAUGUGUUUUGGAUUGAUUACCUGUAUGCCCCUGAUAGCGCUCUAUUACUUGACGUUUCCUAUGUCCAAACUAGGUCGUGUCGUCCGAUCACCCUUCAUGAAAUUUAUCUAUCACAGUGCCUCGUUUGGAUUUUUUCUUUUACUGCUGGUUUUAGCUUCCACACGUCUGGAGGGGUCAGAGCGGUCAAAGCAGAAUAUUCGUGGACCUCCUCCCUCCUUGAUCGAGUGGUUGGUUUUCUUUUGGGUCACAGGGAUGGUUUGGGCGGAGUGCAAACAACUGUGGGAGGAAGGAAUCAAGGCCUAUGUCCGACAGUGGUGGAACUGGUUAGACUUUAUCAUGCUAUCUCUCUUCCUUACCGCUUUCUCCCUCAGGGCAAUGUCCUUCUUCCUGAUCCAAAGCGAACAGUAUGGACCUCGAAUACUGGAACGUGCUCGCUGGCCCAACAAUGAUCCCACUCUCAUUGCUGAAGGCGUGUUUGCCAUGGCUAACGUUUUUAGCUUCGCAAGGAUUAUCUACCUGUUCCAGACUAACCCUCAUCUCGGACCUCUACAAAUCUCUCUAGGAUGUAUGAUCAUUGACAUCGCCAAGUUUCUUUUCAUCUUCUUUUUAGUACUGACGUCUUUCGCCUGUGGUCUGAAUCAGCUCUACUGGUACUAUGAUACUGACAGCGAAAUUUGUGACACUAAAGUGAUCGGUGGUGAGAACGUCACUGUUAAUUGUCAGCGCAAUACAGAUGCCUUCAUAACCAUAGACUCCAGCUACACAACGUUGUUGUGGUCUUUAUUUGGUGUAAUUCCUAUCAAGGACCUGAAAGCCAGAGAGGAUCAAGCCUUUACCAAGUGGGUGGGACAAGCUCUCUUGGGAGCUUAUAUGAUCAUGGCUAUGACGGUUAUGAUUAACAUGCUGAUUGCAAUGAUGAGUCGCUCCUUUCAAGAUAUAGAGGAUCAUGCAGACAGAGAGUGGAAGUUCGCACGUUCCAAGCUGUGGAUGGGUUACUUCGACGAAGGAUCCACUCUUCCACCUCCGUUCAAUAUCAUAAUCAGUCCAAAGUCUAUCUUAUACUUUAUACGAGGACUUAAACAUCUCUGUGUGACCAUGUUCGGUAAGGCUUCCUUGAGGCGCCAGUCUACUCGUAAUACUAAAGCAGGUAUCAAGCACGAACACCCAACAGUUGCCUACAUCGGCGAUCCUGACGAGAAGAAGUACUCCAAGGACUCACCAAGCCUAAACGGUUCUACUAUGCAAGUAGUCCCGACUUCUAACGGAAGUAGCGUCAACUACCAGGAGGUGAUGAAACGGUUAGUAAGUCGUUAUAUUCACCAGACCAAGAAGCAACUUCGUCAGGAUGGAGUGAACGAGGAUGAUUUACUAGAGAUUAAACAAGACAUCUCAAGUUUACGGUAUGAGCUUCGAGAAGACAGAAAACGUGAAGCAGCUAGGAACAGUUGCCAGAUUGAAAGCAUCAAGAGAGACAUCAUCCGCUCACUCAGAGGCAACCAAGCGUGGAGCAAUAGCCAGGGAGUGAUUCAGCCAAGUCCAGAAUCCAAUCAAGACCUACAGUUUGGCUUGUCUUACUAUGAACUAGAAAACCUCAAGCGAGAAAUUGUUUCUAGUUUAAGAGAGGAAAUCAGAGGAGUGUUAAGAGAAGUAACGCAAACAAGGGCGCCCUCUAUUGGCCCGAAUAUGAAUUCAGACCUUUAUCAAACACACCUGUACACACAACUCUGAAUGAUGGCAGAUUUACAUAAAUGCUGAUCCCAUCCACUUAAACAUAAUUAUUAACUUAAACAUCUUGAGUAAUAACAAAGUUAAGAGAGAGGCUUGUCAAUCUAGCUUAAUAAUUGCUAUAUAUAAAACUAUAUAACAAAUUAUUUGUAUAAAACUAUAUAACAAAUGCUGUGUAACAAUGUAUCAAAUGAACUAUCUACGUGUAGAUUAUUUUGAAAAAGCACUACAAUUUUAAGAUAUAUUUGGAGCUUACUAACACUGACUUGGAGAAGAGUUCCGACGUGGUUUAUUUGAGAGGAGGCUUUUGUUUAUCAGUCAGUUAAAAAAAAAAUUGAUUUGUAGAUGUGAAAUAUGAAUGCCUUCUAGUGACAAUUUGUGUCAUCUGGAUAUACAACACCAUUUGUUAGUUCUGAAGUAUAAGUUAGUGUUGUGUGAUAUCGUUAUUAUUUGCGGAGUAAUAAUGUUGUAUUUGACUGAACUAUUCUACAAAGAAAUAAAGUAGUCCUUAAUAAGAUA